CAUUCUCCGUCUCGCUCCCCGGCGAGGAGAGGACUCAGGCGCCUCCAGUCUGCUCGGCGCCGCGGAGGGCGGGGCCUGGAACCUGCGCGGGCAGGGAGCUGAGGCCGAGCCCCUGCAGGUGAUUCGUGACUGCAAGAUAAGGUCUCUUAUGACUUCUGUCUUCCAACUUUCCCUGCUCUGACUUCAUAGUUUCUAUACUUUCCAAUAGAAGCAGAAAAUGAACAAGUUUCGGGGACCAGUAACAUUCAAGGAUGUUACUGUGGAAUUCACUCAGGAGGAGUGGCAGUUGCUGGAUGCUGCUCAGAGGACCCUGUAUAGGGAAGUGAUGCAGGAGAACUAUCGUCACCUCAUCUCAGUGGGUUAUUGUGUGAAUAAGCCAAAUGCAGUCUUCAAGUUGAAGCAAGGAAAACAGCCAUGGAUAUUAGAAGUAGAAUUUCCACGUCGGAACUACCCUGAAGACCUAUGGAAUACUCAUGACCAAGGAGCAAGAUACCAGGAAAGCCAAGCUAAAAAUUCAAGGAAUGGAGAACUCACAAAACAUCAGAAAACUCAUACCAAUGAGAAAGCCUAUAAAUGCAAUGAAUGUGGAAAGUCUUUCUGCCAGAAGUCUGUCCUCAUAACACAUGAGCACACUCAUUCAAAGGACAAACCCAGUGAAUGUGGGAAAUCUGUCUCUUGGAAUGGAGACCUCACAAGACAACAGAAAACUCCUACCAGAGAGAAGACCUAUGAAUGUAAAGAAUGUAAGAAAACUUUCUACCACCUGUCAUCUCUCAGUAGACAUUUGAGAACUCAUGCAGGAGAGAAACCCUAUGAAUGUAAUCAGUGUGAGAAAUCCUUCUACCAGAAGCCACACCUCAUGGAACAUCAGAAAACACACACAGGAGAGAAACCCUAUGAAUGUACUGAAUGUGGGAAGUUUUUCUACGUUAAGGCAUACCUCAUGGUACAUCAGAAAACACACACAGGGGAGAAACCAUAUGAAUGUAAGGAAUGUAGGAAAUCCUUUUCCCAGAAAUCACACCUCACAGUACAUCAGAGAACACAUACAGGGGAGAAACCCUAUAAAUGUAAGGAAUGUGGGAAAUUCUUCUCUAGAAAUUCACACCUCAAAACUCAUCAGAGAACUCACACGGGAGAGAAACCCUAUGAAUGUAGGGAAUGUGGGAAAUGCUUCUACCAGAAGUCAGCCCUAACAGUUCAUCAGCGAACUCACACAGGGGAGAAACCCUUUGAAUGUAAUAAAUGUGGAAAAAACUUUUACUAUAAAUCAGACCUCACUAAACAUCAGAGAAAACACACCGGGGAGAAGCCCUAUGAAUGUAAUGAAUGUGGUAAAUCUUUCUCUGUGAAUUCAGUCCUCAGAUUGCAUCAAAGGACUCACACAGGAGAGAAACCCUAUGAAUGUAAAGAAUGUGGGAAAUCCUUCUCUCAGAAAUCACAUUUUGUCAUACAUCAGAGAAAACACACAGGAGAGAAACCCUAUGAAUGUCAGGAGUGUAAGGAAACUUUUUUCCAGAAAUCAAAACUCACUGCACAUCAGAAGACACACACAAAGGGAAAAGCUUAUAAAGAGUAUAAAUUGGGAAGUUCUUCUGUCUGAAUUUAUCCUUCAGAAUAAUCAGAUAAUUUACAUGAGACAAAAACCUUAUGAAAUAUCAUCAGUAUGGGAAAAUUUCAGCCACAGUCUU